CCGAGGAGGCGGCGAGGCCUGCCCGCUCCUCCUCCGCCUUGGCUCCGCCUCCGCCUGCUCACGCUGGCUGGGCAAAGAUGGCGGAAGCGGGCGAGGAGCGGAGCGGGGCGCGGGCCUUGCUGGAGCUGCGCUCGGCCCCCUCGCCGCCGCCGCUGCCGGGCCUCCCUCCGGCGGGGCCGCCCUCCUCCGGCCCGGCCUCGGCCUCUGCGGUGGCGGCGGAGCCCCUUCCCGCCCCGCUGGCCCGGCUGCUGGGCCGCGACUUCGAGUUCCUGGUGCGGCGGGCGGCGGUGACCAUCGGGCGCAACUCCUCGCAGGGCGCCGUGGACGUGCCCAUGGGCCGCUCCUCCUUCAUCUCCCGCCGCCACCUCGAGCUCGCCUUCCGCGCCCCGCACUUCUACCUGAGCUGCCUCGGCAAGAACGGCGUCUUCGUCGACGGCGCCUUCCAGCGGAGGAGCGCCCCCGCCCUGCGCCUCCCGCCCCAAUGCACCUUCCGAUUCCCCAGCACAAACAUCAAGAUCCAUUUCACGUCGCUUUAUCACAAAGAGGAAGUCAAAGAAGAAGCUUCAUCACCUCCACUUCGGCCACUCUACCCUCAGAUUUCCCCACUUAAGAUUCACAUUCCGGAGCCGGAUCUCCGGAACCUGAUCAGCCCCUUGCCAUCUCCCACUGGCACUAUCAGUGUUCCCAAUUCGUGCCCGGCCAGUCCCCGCGGUGCUGGCUCCUCAGGAUACCGUUUUACCCACAAUGUUACCUCGGACCUGCAGCUGGCGGCUGAAUAUGCAGCAAAGGCUACGUCGGAACAGCAGGCAGAUGCGUCAGGUGGAGACAGCCCAAAGGACGAAUCCAAGCCGCCAUACUCAUAUGCCCAGCUAAUUGUUCAAGCUAUCUCGUCAGCCCAGGACAAGCAAUUAACACUAAGUGGGAUCUAUGCCCACAUCACCAAGCAUUAUCCUUAUUACCGGACAGCUGAUAAAGGCUGGCAGAAUUCCAUUCGGCACAACCUCUCCUUGAACCGUUAUUUUAUUAAAGUCCCACGUUCUCAGGAGGAGCCAGGGAAGGGCUCUUUUUGGCGCAUCGAUCCUCCUUCAGAAGGCAAACUGGUGGAGCAGGCAUUCCGAAAACGGAGGCAGAGGGGGGUGUCCUGCUUCCGAACCCCUUUUGGGCCUCUUUCCUCCCGGAGUGCCCCUGCAUCCCCUACUCAUCCCGGCUUGCUGUCUCCUCACACAAGUGGCCUCCAGACGCCAGAGUGCCUGUCGCGGGAGGGCUCACCCAUUCCACACGAUCACGACUUUGGUUCAAAGCUAGCCUCCGUUCCAGAGUAUCGGUAUUCACAAAGUGCACCUGGCUCGCCUGUAAGUGCCCAGCCAGUAAUCAUGGCAGUCCCGUCUCGGCCCUCAGCCCUCAUGGCCAAGCCAGUGGCCUACAUGCCGGCCUCCAUUGUGACCUCCCAGCAGCCUUCGGGCCAUGCCAUUCAUGUGGUGCAGCAAGCCCCUACUGUCACCAUGGUCCGGGUCGUGACCACCUCUGCAAACUCUGCAAAUGGAUACAUCCUGACUAACCAGGGCCCGGCAAGUGGCAGCCAUGAAGCAGCAACAGGGACAGUCUUGGACUUGGCUGGCGAGCCUCGAGGAAUGGAUGAGAAGCCCACCAUUGCGUUUGCAGCAAUCCCCACUGGCAGCCGGGUGAUUCAGACCGUGGCCAGCCAGAUGUCUCAGGGCGUCCCAGGACAAACGGUCACCAUCCUCCAGCAAGCCACCCCUGUGGCCAUCGGUCAACACCAGCUCCCCGUCCGAGCCGUGACGCAAAACGGAAAGCACGCUCUCCCCACCAACAGCAUCACCAGCGGCACCUACGCCCUCACAAAUCCACUGCAGCUCCUUGCGGCCCAGGCCAGCUCCUCCACUCCAGUGGUGGUCAACCAAGCAAGAGAAGCUGUGGCAAAAGACACGGAGGAGCUUUCAAAUGAGCCGGAGGUCAAGCGGCCUCGGAUGGAGGAGCCCAAGGCAGGAGGAGCGGCUCUGCUGCAAACCGGCGGCGUCAUCACUUCCGCAACCCCACAAGGACAGGCUGCUGGCGAAUGAGGAACCCAGAGGUUCGGAAAUGCAGCGGCAUAAGCUUUGGUGGAGAUCAUUUUUUUAGAAAAGGAAACAAAAAAGAUAUAUGACUGUAACAUCUUUUCCCCCAGCAAGAUGUUUCUCCCAAAGCAAAGGAAAAGCUCCCUUGGAAGCAUGUUUUUUUUAAAAAAAGAGGUCAGGGGUUUUUCAGAUCCUGAGGUGCCAAACGGAAUACGCAAAUAAGCCUCCACUGACCUGUGGUCUGAAAAUCCUCUUUUGCUUUUCACUUUGGAGAUUAUUUUUCCUCUCCUUUUUAGAUUUUAAAAAAACAAAUAAUAAUAAUAAUAAAGACAAUUUGAUUGUAUGACUGCUGGGAUUUUCCACCCAAGCCCUUCAUUUCCUUUCUUCCCCUUUCUUUCUUCCCCUCAAAAGCAUGGUAGUUUUACGAGAGCAUAUUAAAAAACACAGGACAGAAGCAUGUAUUCGGGGAGAGGAAGGGCAGAAGGUAGGGGCUCAUUCAAUCUCCAAAGACUACUUUCUUUCUCUCUUUCUCAAAUUUCUUAUUCAUGCGACUUUGGGAGGUUACAACUCCCAGAAUUUCCCAUCUACUUGGGUGGGAGAUGUGGGAUUUGUAGUCCAAAAAAGGAACACUUCCAUACUCUUUAGAGAGAAAUUUAUACCCUUUCAUCUCAACUCCAAACCCUCAAAAACUGAUGGAUCAUCUUUUUUCUGAACAUUACUUUUGGAACCAGGUUUUGCCAUAUUAUGCACACAAUUGCUGGUGAAAUUAUCGACAGUUUUGUAAUUUCCUCCCCCUUUAAAAAACUUGGCCAGUUUCCCCUUUUGUUGAUAUCACGGUGUUCUAUGUUUGGUCACUAGAUACUGCCAAAGUGAGUUGGCCUGAGAACAUAUAAAUCUUUGUGGCUCAUAACAGAAUGACCCCAUAACCACAUAAAUGAUACCCAUGGUUUCAUUUACGUUUUUUCUGAAAAUAAUACGCCCUUUCUUGGCAUUUCCUAGGUCCUCCAAUGUGACUUGAUAUGCUCCUGCCAAUUUGUUCAAUAGGUGUCUCUAUUCCCCGUGGUUUUGCAUAUCCACGAGAAGUCCUGAAGCAUAUAAAGGGUUGUAUUGUAAUAUCUAGUUUAGAGCGUUAAAUUAACACGGUGCACGAAAGUUCGCGUUUCCAUGUCUGCCUACAAAUAAAUCUUUUUAUAUGGGGAUUUAUGGAACAGCUCAGUCACACCAUCUUCAGUAUCAUUCCGGUUCAUUGAUUUUAAGAGAAACACACAUGCAAGAGAAAGAGAGAAAUGGAAAUAUAAAAUCUGCUUUUAACCCAGUUCCAGUUUUAAAUGCUGGUCCUGACGCCUAAAGAGCCAAUGUUGUAUAUGUGGUUAAAAUGUUGGACUAAGUCUAACGAGGGGUUCCGAUUUCCUGUUUAUCUAUGACACUCACUGGGGGACCUUGGACCAGUCACUGUCUCUUUUAACCUACCUCACAGGGUUGUUGUGAGGAUAAAGUUGCGGGCGGGGAGGGGAAACUCUGUAUGCCACCGUGCCCUCCUCGGAGGAGGGGCAGAAUAAAGAUGAAAUAAAAUAAUA